CAAAAGCAACAGCACUUGCCGCCUCACGUUUUUUGUUUUGUCUUGAUUUUUCCUAAAAAUGGCUUUUGUUGCACUUAGCGAAGCGGAAAAGACAUUUAUUCUACAUGGGGUAGAGGAGAAUUAUCGAUGUGAUGGUCGCUCUCGAAAAGAUUAUCGUCCCAUGGAGCUGGAGACUGGUCUAGUUAGCAAUGCCAGCGGUUCGGCACGUUUACGUUUGGCCAAUACAGAUAUUUUGGUGGGCGUUAAGACAGAGAUUGAUGUUCCCGAUCCCUUAACUCCGGAAUUUGGCAAACUGGAAUUCUUUGUUGAUUGUUCAGCGAAUGCCACACCAGAAUUUGAGGGACGCGGAGGUUCUGACUUGGCCCAGGAGUUGAUAUUAGCCUUACAGAAUGCCUAUGAAUCGCCCUUAUCCUUCGAUUAUCGGACUCUCUGCCUCAUACCUGGUCAGCAGUGCUGGAAACUCUACAUCGAUAUAUUGAUAUUGGAGUGCGGUGGCAAUCUGCAUGAUGCUGUGUCCUUGGCGGCUAAGGCCGCCUUAUACAACACCAAAUUACCCAGAGUCACUGCUUCCCUGCUAGAUGCAGGCAUCACCGAUCUCAUUAUAUCCGAUAAUCCAUAUGAUUGUACUAGAUUGGAAAUAGGCACCGUGCCCAUAUUGGUUACAGUUUGCAAGAUUGGUGACUAUUGUCUGGUUGAUCCUUCAGCGGAGGAGGAAGUUUGCAGCACAGUUAGCAUGGUGGUAGCCAUAUCCAUGAAAAACAAAGAGGCAUAUCUCUCUGGUUCUCAUAUGACUGGAGGUGGUUCAAUGCAUCGGGAUACUAUGCUAAAUUCCCUAAAUCUGGGCCUGUCCAUUGGUGAGCAUCUGAAUACACAUCUCAUUAAAAUGCUUAAGCAGGAGGAAGAGCGUGUGGGUCCCAAGCGACCAAAAACUGUUGGUUUUCUUAAAUGAAACACAAGCCGCGUUUUGUGUGGUAUGAAAAUUUGUAUUUUGUUAAUAAAUUUUCAUUUAAUUUGGUUUUUUUUUAAGCUUAAACCCUAGUAGAAUUUAAUUAUCAAUCAACAGCUAACUAAUUGCGUUUCUUAUUAGUUUGUUUAUUAGCAGUUACUGGUUUCUUACUUUCCUUGGGUUCCGGCUGUUUCCCUGUUAGAAA